AUGCUACUGCCAAAGGGGUCUGAUCAAAUACCCAAGCCGAUUAGCAUUAAGAAGGAAAAGACUGAGGAGGAUCGCUCGCUGCAUCCCAUAUCCCACUACAUCGAUGACCGUCUGGAGCUGGUGAAACAGAUUUUCGGCACCCUUAAGCCGAAAACUAUCAUGAACCUGGCACCCGAAAUGCUAAAGAAAAACACCCUGGACGAGAUUGAAGAGCUCUGUCUGGAGGAGCUGCUCUGUUUGUCCACCAAGCGGCUGAGGUCCAUCAUUGAUGGCACCCGCUGUCCCACAGACACGGAGAGCUCUGAGGACUCGGAUGUGGAGCGCAAAGAGGAACACAUAUCGCUGGAGGAGAUCUCGUCCGACAGCGAUAUCGGAGGCCAGGAAGCACGCCGAAGUGAGAAGAAACUUAAAGCUAAACAAAUAAAUAAUGGAAACGAAAACAAGACGUCUGGUGGACAAAUCAGCGUUUUGGAACUGCUGGAACUUCAGGCAAGAGCACGAGCCAUUCGCUCGCAGCUGGCCAUGGAACCCAUCACCAAGAUCGAGGUCAAAUCAGAUGACGAAGAAGAGGAGGAGAGCCAGCACAACAAACCCAAGGGCAAGGAGAAGGAGAAGCGCAGCGGAAAGAGCACCGUGCCAGAGAAGCGAAACAGAAAGAACACCGCUACAGAGAAGCGCAGCAGCAGAGACAUCGUGCCCGACAAGCGAAAGCUUAGUGAACAGUCGGCCAGUAAGGAGCCACCGCAGACAGCGCCAGAGAGCAGCAUAAAGGUAACAGCGCCACGACAGAAGAUCAAAAUCAAGCGGAACUAUCGACAGUCCACAAAGUCUCCAGAGAAGACUGUCACAGUUGCGCCCCCUGCGCCUCCAGCUCCUGUUGCCUCAGAAGAUGCUGGCAAGGACAGGUCACGCUCGGCCUCGCCAGAUGUGAUACCCAUACCCACGGAGACUGAGACACUGCUGAUCAGCGACAGCACCGACGACGAGGCUCCUCCGCAAAAGCCAAAGGAAACCGUAAAGCCAGUUAUAGAGGAACCACCGGCAGCACCCGCUGUGGAAAGCGAACCGGAGGAGGGAGAAGUGCGAGAUGAGCCUGUGGAGCCGGUCAAAACAAUCGAGCCAGAGCAGCCAGCGGAGGAGGAGCAACCCACAGAGGCUGCACAAGAGGCUGAGCCGGAAAAAGCGGUCGAGGCCGAUGUAGAAAUGCCCAAGGAAGAGUUGUCCAGCACAAGCCUUCCACCCACUGCCGUAGAGCAGCCCAUGCUGGAAGAUGAAGAUCAAAACGAUGAUGUUAUAUCUAUAGGAGGCGAUCUGGAGAUGAUUGAGGAAAUGACCAAGGAGGACGAGCCACCCGCGGCGACAGUCAAGACAGAAAAGCCGCCAAAUCCCGAGGAAAUGGACAACGAUGUCAUCCUGCUGGACACCAGCGAAGAUGAGCGCGAGAAGCUGAAGGAAUCUGACUCCGAGUCCUGGCGCACACGCUACCUGAAGAGCUCCAAGGUCAGUCAGGUGCUUGCCGCAUCGCGGCUGGGCAAACGCGUGCGUGACAAAAUCAAGAAGACGAAGCGUGCCCAAAAGUCUGCCAACGGCAGAGACGGCGCCGCCGAUGAUGCGCAGGCCAAGGCGGCCCAGCCGCCGUUCGCCUCCAAGCACGAGGAUGGCUCCGUGGAGCAAUACCAGGAGCUGCUGCAGCACCGACAGCGGCAGACUUCAACCAGCAGCAAGGGCGACAAAUAAGUGGGGUCGCGAGUAUUAUUGAAAAGUCCCUUGGAAAAAAUUCAGUUCGGGUUAAUGUGGCAUAAAAAACAAGUGGAAUAAAGCCCCCGUUUCACUCCAUCUGUACGAUGGAAGCACCAUCGCGUUCGCAGGGGGUAAACGCACAAAAAUUUGAAUAUAUCGUGCUAAGCGCAUAUUUGAUUUCUCAUUCGUAUUUUCUUAGGAAAUACUCUUCCAAAAGGCUUCAGGCUAUGACUGACCUUAGGAAAGUAAUUUUGCAGUGGAUACUAAAUGAUGAAACUCUUUUACAUAAAAAUUAUUCCUUAAGUCUUAAAAUUAUUGACAGUUCUAUGUAGAUUAAUCAUAAGAUCGGCUGAAUAUACAAUCUAUAUUGCAAUCUGUA